AUGGAGAACAGUGAGAUUUUCAAAACAAUGAAAAGACAAUGGAACAUUCUGAUCACUGGAUCGUAUCUGGAUGGCGUGGAGAACAGUGGGAUUUUCAAAACAAUGAAAAGACAAUGGAACAUUCUGAUCACUGGAUCAUGGCUGGAUGACAUGGAGAACAGUGAGAUUUUCAAAACAAUGAAGACAAUGGAACAUUCUGAUCACUGGAUCAUGACUGGAUGGCAUGGAGAACAGUGGUAUUUUCAAAACAAUGAAAAGACAAUGAAACAUUCUGAUCACUGGAUCAUGACUGGAUGACCACUCUGAGCACAUUCUGAACACUGGAGGGCAAUUUCUUCAUUCUUGGUUGCUGCAGGGGAAUAUCUGACAAGAAAUAUUUCCUUCACAUUGUUUUUAAAGCACUGAGAAAAUAAAACAUCCCCACAAUCCGAUGCAGUAGUUUCUGAACUUGUGGAAUAAUUUUGCGCUGUCUUAUAUGAUUUCUAUAUCUAUACUGUACCGAUAAUUUUCCACGGAGUCAAAAAUAUUUGUUAAACUUGAUAAAGUUAAUGCAUAAAAUUUUGUAAAGCCUUGGUCGUUUUCUACCUGUCAAAAAUUUUAGGAUUGCUAUGAUUAGACGCAUGAAUAUGUAUGACUAAAAAGUUAUCACAGCGUGAACAACACUGCAUAUCAAAUUACUAGUGGCUUGUGUUUGAUUAUAUUGUUGGUAUGUGAUUUGAACUUUGCUAAUUUCCAGACAUUGCCUGAACCUGCCAGCCGUCUUAUGUGAGAAGUAUUACAAGAUCCAAAGAAAGAAAAGCAAGGGGAAGGUAAGCCCAGGUUUUAAUCUGCUAGCAGUUGUAGUUUCAAUGUACGUCGACCGUAUACAGGUCGUAGCUACGUAUUUAUUUCUUUAUUUUGAUGUUUUUAAAGGUGAAUUCUGACUUGAAUUUCGUCCGUAGUGCAAAGUGCAGACUGCAGAAGACAAAAGUAGUAUAGGACCAAAAACGGAAGGGCAAAAGAGAGGUAAAUCUUUUAAUCUAUCUUUUCAAUACCAUCCGUAGUGACUAGUGUCUACAAACAUGGCGCUGUAUUUCUUCACCAGUUUUAUAUCCGGUUUUAUUUUGAUAUUUUAUAAUGUUUUGACUUAAAUAUCCCUGGCAAUUCUCCUUGUGUGACAGCUAGUCAUGCUAACGUUUGGACAAGAGUCAACAAUAAACUUAUUCGAAUUUCUUGUAUAUGGUUGACUAAGGAAAACGUGUAAAUUUUGUGUUUAUAUAUGUGAAACUACAGGCAGCAAACUGGCAAAGUCAAAGACAAAGUAUAUACUCGAAAUAAAACUCGUCAAAGCGAGAAAUGUUGCUUAUAAUACAACUCACAAAUCAACUUGUCAAGGAUUUCGGAAAUACGAGCAGCAAGAAACUAACUGCCAAGGAAAAUUUCCUGUCUGUACGGGAGCUUACCCAAGUGAAUCGUUUCAAGCUGUUUCAAAUGUAUUAAGACUUAAACAAAAUUGAUAGCGACAUCUCAAUGAAGCAUAUCAAAGCAACUUCGCAAAUUUGAAGACUUUUAAAGGAACAAAAUACGAUAAAGUCUACAAAAUGUUCACUGAAGUACAUUUUUGAGUUUCGUUGUUCUGUAUACGUUUUGUCGUUUUGCUCUCAAAUUUGAUGCAUUUGGCGACAAUUGUGUUACAAAUUACAAGGUUAAACAACAUCAUAAUGUCAAUGACAAUGUCAAUAAUAUUUAAAUUGAAACAAUGCCUUAGUCAGGGACUUGUUGAAAUUUUGAAUUAACAGAGUUUGCUUCGACUAUAUAUAAGUUUCCGUUUGAACAAAAUACAGUUCUACUGUAUCAGAAUGUGUGAAGUUCUUUCGAAUCCAAAAACAACGCAAAGCCAAAAGCUUGUGAUUACGUCAUCUAUAAUACUGUUUGGUAACUUUGGUUACCAUUAUAAUUAUGUAUAUACUAAAAAAUCAACAUCGAAAGACGUUUUUAAAACCAAAACGAUAUAUCUACUAUAGUAAAAAUAAAAAUCAAGAAUGUACAUGCAUUAUCAAGCAUUGCUGUUUCAUGUUCGCACAUCUCAAUACUCGUCCAGCCUUUGUUCUACCGGUCUCAAAUAAAUUCUCGUUUCUCGAACAAAAAUUACUGGCUAACUGGCAAUCACGGCGGCUAGACAUUUACGUACUAGUUAAACAUGAGCAGCAGUGUUUUAUCAGAUAUAAAGAUACGAGGCGAAGCCGAGUAUCUUUAGGUCUGAUAAAACACACACUGCGAAUGUUUUACAUUGCUUCAUUGGCGAAGUAAUUUUCUAAAAAUACGUUGUGUAAGUCGAGAAAAUCAAAGUUAAUGUAAAUCAAGGGAAAUCUCUAUCACAUAUAAAGAUACGACACGCUUAUGAUUUUUCUUUGUGUUUCCGUGAAUUAUUAAUGCGUUUUGGAAAUCAUGUUUCAAGACACAAAAAUAUCCAUCAUUUCACAUUUCACAUUUCACGAGAACAAGUAUUGCCAAUUCAGGCCUCUUUACUGGCACCUUCAGUACCUUCUAUAUAAAUAAUGGUAGCUGAUAUCAAUUUGAAUGGUUAUUGCUCUGUUCAGCUACCUAAAUAUAUUACCACAUUGUUUUGUAAUAAAUUGAUCAAAUACUGGCACUGAUAAAUAUUGUUGAUCGACACUUGUACAAAAUAGUAUAAUUUAGAGAGAUUAAAUUGAAUAUUCCUUACUUACAGUAAAAAUAACGUGCUCUCCCAAAGCUAUAGUCAUGGAAAGACAUGCUCAGGAAACUCUAGAAUGGUCGAACAAAAGGUUAACAGAACAACUGCAAAAUUCGAAACGUAUAUGCAGUCAAAUGCGGGGAAUUAUCAACGAAUUGCAACAACAUACAACACAGCAGCAACAACAAAUAACACAGCAGCAACAACAGAUAACACAGCUAAAAGAUGAGUUUCUCCAAAAAUUGCAACAACAAAGAACACAGCUGGAACAACAAGUAACACAGCUAAAAGAUGAAUUUCUCCAACAAUUGCAACAACAAAGAACACAGCUGGAACAACAAAUAACACAGCUAAAAAAUGAAUAUAUCCAACAAUUGCAACAUGGUGGUAUAUUGUGUGCAUACAAUUGUGUUUUGUGUACACUACUUUGGGUCUGCCAAAAGAAACUGGGUAUCUUUCUGUGUGGUUGCCAGUUAUUGCUCCUACUGUUUAUUCCUGAAGUACGUCGAAACAUUAAAACAGAACAUCUCAUAUGUCAUAAAUUGGUCAUGGAAAUACUUGUGAAACAUGGAAUAUUCGAAGUAGCUUACGGCUGUAAAUAUCCUCCUGAAAAGAGUGCUAAACGUAAAGAAAUAGAUGAAGCAUGGAAUAAACUCAUGAUAAUGGAUCGCCGUCGGGUAGUGAUACUUGGAAGGAUAAUGAAUAAUGAUAUUGGUCAUACUGAAGUAUGUGACUUGGAAACAAGGACAGUUGAUGGAAAAGUAACAAUCUUUGACCCACAGAGAGACAGGUAUGGACGAGGGGAUAAACAAGAUUUUAGAAGAUAUGUAAGAGAAGAUAAAGGUGUUAUAUUAUACACGGUCAAUUUGGAGAAACUAAAGCAAAUAAUCACAGCUAACGAGGCUAUUUUACAUUACACGAAUAUAACUAACCAAACUUUUGCCACCACGCCGCUGGCGCGGUAAGUUUCGUACACACGUAAAAAGAACAACCUGUUUCCGGUUGAUACUGUAUUGAAUGCAGGCUUCAUGAACAAGGUUGUGCACCACCCUAAUGUUGUUAGUCAACAAUGUUGUUACAGCAUUGUUCAGUAGUUUAGCAAUGUACUAAAUUUCUGUACUACACAACUUGUCAACAAGAUGUGUUCGCAACAGGCUUGUAGCAAGCUUGUCAACAAGUUGUAUCAAUGCUGUUAUUUUAUCAAGUUGCUACAAGGUCACAACUUCUUGACAAACUAUUGAAUCCCAGGACGAUAACAAAUUAUAGGAACAACUUGUAACACGUCUGUUGAGCUCAACAAACUCAACAACCUUGUAGCAAGUUGUCAACAAGCCGUUGACAAAUUGUCAACAAGCUGGGAACAAGCAGUGCGAACAUAUCUUGUUGACAAGUUGUUGGAACAGCAUUGCUACAAGUCUGCUGCAGUUUGUUAAAACUUGUGCUUUUUACGUGUAGUGUAAAAAGAUUUUCUAUGGUCAAAUCUAUGUGGUUAAACUAGCUUGAUAUCAUGACUUUUUCAAAUACAAUUCAACAGCUUAUUAUAAGCAACGUUUUUAAUAAAGCCUAGUAGAGGCUUGAUAAUUUUUUACCAGUCGAAAAUUGCACUAGUUAACAAUUAUUCGCCGAAGGCGAGGUGAUUAUCGGUGAAUAAAAACCGAGACGAAGUCGAGGUUUUUAUUCACGAUAAUCACCGAGCCUGAGGCGAAUAAUUGUUUUAGUAUAAUUUCAUAGGUGAUUAUUUGGGGAAAAAUUUAAAAAUGCACAUUUCUUCGUCACUUAAUUGACAAAACGGCUUCGACCGCCAUUUUGAAAAUCGCUUAGGUGAUUAUCGCGUAAUAAUCACCUCAACGGCAACCAAUCAGCGUGGAGAAUUUUCAAUAAUCACCUAUGUAAUUAUACUAAUGAUGAAUAAUGUAUGGCGCCGAUCUAUGACGAAUUUCAGUUGGCAUGUGACUGGCAAUUGAAUCAGAGUCAUUGAAUCAUGCUGUUUUGAAACGCAGUUUCGAAAAAAUAUAUACUGUAAAUUUCGAGUUAAAAAUCUGGUCUUAAGUACAAGAUUUCGAAACUGGGAAGAACAAGAGCCAAAACCAAAGGUCAAGGGAAGGUCAAGGAUCAUCACAGCGACCGUAGUCGUACGUUAAGUCUAAAUAUGGUUGCGUAAGCAUUUCUUGGUUUAACCGGUUAAUCAGUUUUAAUAUGAUUGGCGUGAAUUUUUCAUCAGAAAUCUUCUUGUCUAAAAGCUAGGCAUGCCAAUUUAUGAACAAGACCAAGAUAAACAUAUUAAAGCUAGUUUGCACUAUCACAAUUUCUGUGAUACAACAGAAGCAAAUAUAAGAUUCGUGUAACAGAACUUAUCAAAACGACAAAAGUUGCUUAUAACACGCCUCACAUGAAAAUCAACUUGUCAAUUAGCACACUUGGGAAACGGAAAACGUGUCAAGUGAGGCUAAAUUUGCUGUCGGAACGGGACUCAUUAAAGCGGCUUAUGCAAUUGGGAACUCCGCGAAUGACAUCAACAUGGUCAUGGCCAUGCAUGGGCACUUGGCACUGAAUUUCAACGCUUUGAAACACAGGUCGAAUACGAUACAGUCAUCAAACUGUUUGCGAACUAGAGUCGGGUUGGCGUGUUUUGACCACAAAUUUGAUGCGUUUGGUAUCAAAAAUUAAUAAAAUAUUAAUAUUAUUGAAAAUAUAUGUGUUAACAUGUUACAUAAUUACUAAUCAUUACUCAUUAGCAUUCAAAUUGAAUGCCGCGGCACAGCGAGACGUGGGAAGAACAAUCUCGUACCCAGAGCCAUUGUUGAGUGGCUCUGGGUACGAGAUUGUGGUAAGAAUGACGUGGCAAAAACAUACAAUUAAUUCGACAUCAUACAUUACAUAGGGUGGCAAAGGGUAUUUUCGUCAGCCGUGAACUCAUGGCCGGCAAUAUUUGUUUCCGUGAAAUGUGAAAAGACGGAUUUUUGCGGGAAAUAGCGUUUCUAAGCCUUAGAAAAUCAAUCAUUUUCUGGGGGAGCAUGCCCCGACGACUCGACUCGGUAAAUCUAAAAUCCUAGUUACAGGCCUGCAUAUGUGUACACUAUCGUUAAUAUUAAACAAACUAAUACUGUAAUAGGGGUGCACCAGAAGAUUUUUUGAAAUAUGAGAUUGAAUGAAAAAAUAAUACAUUCACUGUUCUGGAAUUAACUAAUUUCCACUCAAGAAAGAAUGUGACCCAAACCCUAAAUUCAAUCCCAACACUAAACCAAACCCUAACCUGAUUAGUGGAAAAAAAUAAAGAAAAAUAAAAUUGAAAAACUAACAAAUGACGUACGUUGUCGUUGGCAGUGUUCGUUUGGGGAACAUUCACUAUUAAUGGCGGAGGGGGAGGGGAGAGGGCGGAAGAUAUUUGGAGGGGCCAUGAAAGGCCCCGUGGGGUCCGUUUUAUACGUCGAAUUUCGGUCGCGUCGAAUGCAACUAAAACAAAAGAUAAUGAGAUGAUAAACUUCAUUAACCUUCAUUAUCUAUUGUUUGAAUUGCAUUCGACGCGACCGAAAUUCGACGUAUAAAACGGGCCUUAGGGUGACUGAUACAGUGAUAGAACUCAUUUAUUAAAUAAUCAUUUGUUCAAGAGCAAUUUUGCAGAGUUUUUUUAUGGAGUAUUAAAAGAUAUUAAUUUUUUGUUUCUUUUUAGUUAA